GGGGGAAAGAGCCGCCCCGGCCAGUAAGUUGAUCGCCUCACACACCUCCCUUGCCUGGCGAAGGCUGUCUCGGCGGGGCUCCGCUCGCCCCGGGACCGGAUGACUUCGCCAAAGGACCGUGCCCAGCUCAGGGAGACGCGCCCUCUUCCUUUCCUUCCUCGGAUGGCUUCAACGUUUGGGGCGAACGGCUUGCCCUAGCGAUGGAAACCAACAUGAAGAAGUUCACGGUGCGCAGGUUUUUCUCGGUCUAUCUCCGCAAGAAAUCGCGCUCGAAGAGCUCCAGUCUCGGACGCUUUGAGGAAGAAAGCAUUGUAAAGGAGAUAGACAUCAGUCACCAUGUCAAAGAAGGUUUCGAAAAAGCAGAUCCCUCUCAAUUUGAGCUCCUGAAAGUAUUGGGACAAGGUUCCUAUGGAAAGGUAUUUCUAGUGAGAAAAAUCAAAGGUUCUGAUACUGGGCAGCUCUAUGCAAUGAAGGUACUUAAGAAAGCAACUCUUAAAGUCCGAGAUCGUGUACGAUCAAAAAUGGAAAGAGACAUUUUGGCUGAAGUGAAUCAUCCUUUUAUUGUAAAACUUCAUUAUGCAUUUCAAACAGAAGGAAAACUGUAUCUCAUACUAGAUUUCCUGCGAGGAGGGGACCUUUUUACCAGACUUUCUAAAGAGGUAAUGUUUACAGAAGAAGAUGUUAAGUUCUAUUUAGCUGAGCUGGCCUUGGCUUUAGAUCAUCUUCAUGGUCUGGGUAUUAUAUACAGAGAUUUGAAACCGGAAAACAUUCUUCUAGAUGAAGAAGGACACAUUAAGAUUACAGAUUUUGGCUUGAGCAAGGAAGCCAUUGAUCAUGACAAGAGGGCUUAUUCAUUUUGUGGGACAAUAGAAUACAUGGCACCAGAAGUGGUCAACCGGCGAGGACACACCCAGAGUGCAGACUGGUGGUCUUUUGGUGUCCUAAUGUUUGAAAUGUUGACAGGGUCACUACCAUUUCAGGGGAAAGACCGAAAGGAAACAAUGGCACUCAUUCUCAAAGCCAAGCUAGGAAUGCCACAGUUUUUGAGCAUAGAAGCUCAGAGUUUGCUGCGAGCUCUUUUCAAGAGGAAUCCAUCUAACAGAUUAGGGGCUGGCCUUGAUGGAGUUGAAGAAAUUAAACGCCAUCCCUUUUUUGCUACCAUUGACUGGAAUAAACUGUACAGAAGAGAAAUCAAACCACCCUUUAAACCUGCAGUGGGUCGGCCAGAGGACACUUUCCAUUUUGAUCCUGAAUUCACAUCACGGACCCCAACAGAUUCUCCAGGUGUCCCUCCAAGUGCCAAUGCUCAUCAUCUCUUCAGAGGAUUCAGCUUUGUGGCAUCCAAUUUGGGGCAGGAGCCUGUACAGCAAGAACCACAUAAAGUCACAGUUCAUCCAAUUGUCCAGCAGUUACAUGGGAACAAUAUUCACUUUACAGAUGGAUAUGAAAUCCGGGAAGACAUUGGCAUUGGCUCAUAUUCUGUUUGCAAGAGAUGUAUUCACAAAGCCACAGAAGCAGAGUUUGCAGUAAAGAUAAUUGAUAAGAGCAAAAGAGACCCUUCAGAAGAAAUUGAGAUUCUUCUGAGAUAUGGACAGCACCCAAACAUCAUUACACUCAAAGAUGUCUAUGAUGAUGGAAAAUUUGUAUACCUUGUGAUGGAACUGAUGCGAGGAGGAGAACUCUUAGAUCGAAUCCUUCUACAGAAAUGCUUCUCAGAGCGAGAAGCUAGCGCUGUUCUCUGUACCAUUAGCAAAACUGUGGACUAUCUGCAUUCCCAGGGUGUUGUUCAUCGAGAUCUAAAGCCUAGUAAUAUUUUGUACGUGGACGAAUCGGGGAACCCAGAGUCUAUCAGAAUGUGUGAUUUUGGAUUUGCCAAACAACUGAGAGCUGAGAAUGGUCUACUAAUGACACCAUGUUACACAGCCAAUUUUGUAGCACCUGAGGUCCUGAAACGGCAGGGUUAUGAUGCAGCCUGUGAUAUCUGGAGUUUGGGCAUUUUGCUGUAUACCAUGUUAGCAGGGUUCACCCCUUUUGCAAAUGGACCAGAUGAUACUCCAGAGGAAAUUCUGGCUAGAAUUGGCAGUGGAAAAUAUGCUCUAGCAGGAGGGAACUGGGAUUCCAUAUCUGAUGCUGCAAAGGAUAUUGUGUCAAAAAUGCUUCACGUAGAUCCCCAUCAGCGCUUAACUGCAGCCCAAGUUAUAAGGCAUCCAUGGAUAGUAAACAAGGAGUAUCUCUCCCAGAAUCAACUCAGCAGACAAGAUGUCCACCUUGUAAAGGGUGCCAUGGCAGCCACCUACUUUGCUUUAAACCAAACGCCUCAAGCACCAAGGCUGGAACCGGUAUUGUCCUCCAACCUGGCCCAGCGAAGGGGGAUGAAAAGAUUGACCUCAACGAGGUUAUAAUGGUCCCAAAAUGGCCUGCUUAAAUAAAAAGAAAACAUUUGCCCAAUAUAUUGAUCAGAGAGGCUGGUCUAUAUUGUUAAUGUUGCAGGACUCCUGGCACAUACAUUGUUUUAAUCAGCAAAACUUCAGUUUAAGGCAAAGUUGUUCUUUGCUUUCAGAUAUUUUUGGGUUCUGUUUUUUUACAUUUACCAACAGGAUGGCAAAUACUCAGAAACAUGCCAUAUUUUUCAACUGCUGUAUUGCUUAUUAUUUAAGUACUGUAUCAAUUGCUGAUAUUGUGUUCUCUCCCCUCGUCCUUUAAUCCAGAUGCUUUUUUUGGAAUUAUAGAUGCUCUGUAAGACCACUUUUUGUAACAGAUUCGAUUUUAGAUAUCAGCUCUACCAGCAUCUAUGUUUGGUGUAUUGUCACCACUGUCAUUAGCUGUCUCCAAAGAGUUGAAGAUGUAAUGAUGUGUGAGACCAUGAAAACAGCGUCCUAUGAGGAAUGAAGAGGGGGUGGGGGAAGAGCUGAAAACAUACCUGUGUUAUUAAAGGAAAAUAAUUAUGUUAUGAGUUUGGACCAGAUGAAAGUAUAGAAAGGAGAUUAGAGUUGUGCUCAUUGACAAAACAAUCUUGAAGGGUCCUAUCUGAUAAGGCCUCCUUUUUUGAUCAAAAAUGCACAAUCUCAUCUUGGAAAAGGGGAUAUUUUUUAAUGGAAGGUGACUCUGUAGUUGGUAGCACUGAAACACUAUACAUAUAGACUCGUCUGGAAGUUUGAGGGGGAACCGGAAGGUAGGACUUCAAUCCUAUUCUUCCACUGACACAUUCAUAACUACAUGAAUGAAUACAAGCACUGUGUUUCAUAAGCUGUUACAGAGUUUCCUAUUAUAUCAACUUGAGAUAGUGAUCUUUUGUUUACUGGUUUAAUGUUAAAAUAAUAGCUUAUUGUCACAGGCUGUUAAAACCAUGUACUGCCCAAGAGAAAAAAAAUUGCAGAAGAGUUCAGCAAGCAAAGUUUGUAUUAUUUCUUGUAUCACAGGGAGCAAGCAUGUAUACAAUUUCCUUAAAAGUCUUGAAAGAUGAUUGAAAAAAUUGGUACAUUUUAUAAAUCACCGAUGCUUCAUAACCAUCAUUAACUCAGAUUGUCUCCAUUGGCUGUAACCAAGUGCAGAUUUAAGCAUGCUCAAUAGUACAAUCCUAUACUUUAUUUGGAAGUAAGUUUCAUAAUGUGACUUUUUUCAAGUAUGUUAGUAUAGGAUUGCACCCUAAACCUUUGGAAUCUGUGGCCUUUGGAGCAUUCAGUUCUGAAUUGUAUUCUAAAGAUUGUAUAAGCACUUUACUUGUCUUUUAUUUUCAGAAUGGAUUUUUUUCCACCUGCUGAAAGUAUGCAGGAGAAACUGCAUCAUUUUUCAUUUAUUCUUGGGGAGAAACUGUGAAAUUCAGGGUAUUACAUCCUACAGAUAUUUUGUUGUUGAGGAGUAACACCAUUUUAGGUGCUAAGCACAGUUUGAGAUAUUUGUAUUAAUUGAGCCUGCAUACACAAAAGAGCAAGAAACUGCAUUAGCUACUGUAGUGUGCUUCUUGGUGUUUGUUUCUGUGUUCA